AUGGCAUCUCCUAAUCGAAACAGAGCCCAACAUGCUUACGUGGCACCAGAAGCAAGCUCUCCGGCGUGGCCUACGCCGUCGCCGAGAGACACACCUAUAACAAUACCAAGUUCAUCUUCGUCCCCUGUUGCUGCUGCUUUGUGGGCUCAACUCAGACAGAUCGAUCGUCUCUUUGAUUUAUUCUCCGGCUAUAACCAUGUCAUGGACCCACGUGGAAUUGAGAAACUUUGCACACAUUUGGAAAUGAAUCAUUUAGAUGUGAAGAUAUUAAUGUUGGCAUGGAAAAUGAAGGCAAAAAAGCAAGGCUACUUUCAUCGGGACGAGUGGCGUCGUGGCCUAAGGAAACUCAAAGUUGACAACAUGGAGAAGCUCAAGAAUGCACUUUUCUAUCUCGAGAUUGAGGCAAGAAUUCCACCUCACUUUGAAGACUUCUUUGCAUAUUCGUUCAAAUAUAACCUCAUUGAGGAGAGGCGGACAAGCUUAGACGUGGAAUUUCUGUGCGAGUUGCUCGAGAUCGUGAUGGGUCCUCUUUUCCGUCCGCAAGUUCAGUUACUAGUCGAGUUUCUCAAAACCCAAACGAUGUAUAGAGUGCUGAUCAUGGAUCAAUGGAUGAAUAUCUUCUACUUUUGCAACCAGAUAAAAUUUCCAGGUCUUGAUAACUACGAUCCAAACGAUGCCUGGCCGGUGAUUAUUGAUUCCUUCGUUGAGUGGUUGAAAAGAAAGCAAGGUGAAGAAGGCACCCACCCAAGUUCCCCUCGCUAACCAUCCUCAUAUUCAAUCACAUACGGUUUCAUUUGAGCAUCGUGUUUUUUUAGCAUUUGGUUCGAGUAAAUAUGAACAUACCUAGUCGAUUAAGAUACCAUUUUCUUUCUUGAA